AUGGCAAACAAUACAACUGACAACUCAUCGCUUUUGAAAUGGCAUAUCGAAUGUGUACCAGACUCCGCGGGUUAUUAUCGCGCACAGGCGACAGGUGGGCAGGCAUGGCUUCAGCAUCAGAGAAAGAUAAAAUCUGGAAGGCGCAUGCCAACACGCAAAAUACCCUGUGAUAAGCAGUACCUACUGCGGCUAGGCAGGCGCAUCCAAGGGAUGCAGAAGCAAUUGCCAUUUAUUGAUACUCUCAGAGAGAGAUACAACGAUAUUAACGGUAACAAAGCGACCACCAAAUACCCAACGAUAAUAAAGAGCCCAUUAACGCUAAAUCUUCAGGUCCCACGGGAUCGGGCGUUCGAGCUGCGUUCCGAGGGGGUUCUGAACAACGGAAAACAGUUCUACCUCUUGCCGGACGGGAUGAGGGCGAGAUUCGUGGCUCUCAACAGCGUCCAGAUUCAGGUCGACGCGAAUAAACUCGUCCUCUUGACUGCAGACGGCUUGGAAACAGCAUCGGCCAUUUUACAGGGAUAUCUGCCGACGGGGAGACACAACUGGACGUAUACCGACGGAGAAUAUCGUGUUUCUACGUUCACUGUGUGUUCGAGGGGGGAAUUCACGUGUUCGGAUGGCCUCUGCGUACCCCUAAGCGUUCGCUGCGACGGAACCGAAGACUGUGCCGACGGGAGCGAUGAGACGUGCCUUCGCCUGCUGCCGCUAUCUCCUUUUUACAGGAAGAAAUACCCUCACUUGCCCCUCACGGCUGUCAAUGUCACGGUCUUGCUUCUGGAAGUGUUGGAAAUCAAUGUCCAUGAUCGCGCCUUCCUGCUGAAGAUGGUGUUUAACACAAAGUGGCACGACGAGCGAGUCAGUUUGUCUGACCUGAGUCAUCGCAAUUCGGACAACAUGCUUCCUGGCGACUCGUUGUGGUCUCCAGACAUCGACUUUCAAAUUAAAUUCCUAGCGGGAGAGCAGGCGAUGGAAAAGCCCAGAAUACAGGCGGAGAAGAACGGGCCGGGUAGGAUACACGUCCAUGGGAGUUUUGAAAGCUACGACUACAACGCUGGCGACGAAGCCACUUUGGUGAAGGUGGAGUCCUUCGUGCUAUCCUUCAGAUGCCGCUUCGACCUCAGGCUCUACCCCUUCGACGUCCACGUGUGUCACAUCGACUUCAUGAUGCAAGGACAUCUGCAGUCCUUCAAACCCUACUUCAGCCACGUUAACCUCGCUGGCGCACGCACCCAAAUGGACGCCUCCACUUUUCGCAGUGUCCGACAUGUGUUAUAGUCUGCUAUCGAAUGGGAACGACAUUGCCCAUGUCAUCCGCUUUCAGUUCCUGUUCGAGCGUUACUACGGCACUCACAUCCUGACGACGAUCGGCCCUUGCUUUGUGCUGACUGUUAUCGGCUAUCUCACACAGCUGUUUGGGACCGACAAUUUUAG